UUAUGGGGUCUGCAUGCUGUAAAAAACACGCACGCACGCAGUCGAGGAGUGGCGAGACACUGUGACCACAACACAUCCUGUGGAUUAUAAAUUGCAAUCUCAGUUGAACUCAGAAGCACUCUGCCACGAACACUGGAGAGAGCCAAGAUGGGGAAAAGGCGGUUCUCGGGUCUGGAGGUGGCCCUAAUAGUCCUGUUCAUACUGAUGUCAGUGACUGCCAUCGUUUUCAUUGUUCUUUUUGCCACUGGACAAGCUGGAGUCAUUCAAGAGAAUGUGGAAACUACCGAACCCUUCAUACCUCAGUGUCCCAACAUUCCUCAAGCUGAGAGAGUAGACUGCUUCCCUGAUGCUGGAGCCUCCAAGAUGCAAUGUGAGCAACGUGGCUGCUGCUGGGCCCCACUGGAUGAGAGGAAUGUGCCCUGGUGUUACUUCUCAACCAACCAUGGCUACACGGUGGAAUCAGUGGAAACAUCAAAUCCUCAUGUAAUAAAUGCCAAACUGAAGAGAAUGGCCUCUCCAUCUUUAUUCGGCGGGGAUAUACAGGAGCUGUCAUUUCACGCAGAAAUGCAAUCAAACAAUCGCCUCCACUUUAAGAUCUUUGAUGCCCAAAAGCAGAGGUUUGAGGUCCCCCAUGAGCAUGUCCAGAGCCUCACGAGUUCCCCAUCCCGCCCUAUCAGCGAGACGUUGGAUAUCACACGUAAUGCUUUUGGCCUUACUGUGCGCAGGAAGGAGAACAACAGAGUCCUCUUUGACACUACAAUGGCUCCACUGGUGUUUUCAGACCAGUACCUACAGCUGUCUGCGAAGCUUCCAUCGCAUAACAUUUAUGGCCUGGGAGAACACGUCCAUCGGCAGUUUCGGCAUGACACAAACUGGAGAACCUGGCCCAUUUUUACCAGAGAUGCUUUUCCGAACGGGGGAACACAUAACCUUUACGGACACUAUCCCUUCUUCCUCUGCCUGGAAGAUGAGUCUGGAAAGUCAUUCGGGGUCUUCCUUAUGAACAGCAACGCUAUGGAGGUUGUUCUGCAGCCUGCCCCUGCUAUCACCUACAGGACAAUUGGAGGAGUCCUUGACUUCUACAUUCUCUUUGGAGACACACCAGAGCAAGUGGUGCAGGAGUUCCUUGAGCUCAUUGGCAGGCCCGUCAUUCCUCCCUACUGGUCACUGGGUUUCCAGCUUUCUCGGUGGGAUUACGGCAGCCUGACUGAAGUCAAGAACACAGUUGAAAGAAACCGCAAAGUGGAACUCCCAUAUGAAAUUCAAUACACUGAUAUAGACUAUAUGGAGGAUAAGAAAGAUUUCACCUAUGACAAAGUGAAGUUUAGUGAGCUGCCUGAGUUUGCUGAAUAUCUCCACAAGGAGGGACAGAAAUACAUCCUCAUCCUGGAUCCUGCAAUUGCCACCAGCAAGAGGGUUGGGGAUGCUCCCUAUGAAUCCUAUGACAGAGGAACUCAGAUGAAUGCUUGGGUCACUGAAUCAGAUGGGAAAACUCCUUUGUUAGGAGAGGUGUGGCCAGGGGAGACAGUAUUUCCAGAUUAUACCAGCGAGAAGUGCAUUGAGUGGUGGGUUGAUGAGUACGAGCGAUUCCACCAGGAGAUCAAACACGACGCUCUCUGGAUUGACAUGAAUGAGGUGGCUAAUUUCAAGAAAGGAUCGGUUAAGGGCUGCGCUGACAACAAUCUCAACUACCCUCCCUACACUCCAAGGAUUCUCGACGAGGUGAUGUACAGUAAGACUCUAUGUAUGGAUGCCAAACAGUCCUGGGGGAACCACUAUGAUGUCCACAGUCUAUAUGGCUACUCUAUGGUCCUGGCUACGGAAAAAGCUCUGCAGCGUGUGUUUAAAGGAAACCGUACCCUGAUGCUGACCCGCUCCUCAUUUCCAGGUGUGGGAAAAUAUUCAGGUCACUGGCUGGGGGACAAUGGUGCCAACUGGAAUGACAUAAAAUGGGCCAUCCCUGGCAUGCUGGAGUUCAACCUCUUUGGAAUUCCCUAUAUCGGAGCUGACAUCUGUGGAUUUUUCGACGACUCUAGUGAAGAGUUAUGUCGUCGCUGGAUGCAGGUGGGGGCUUUCUACCCCUUCAGUCGGAACCACAACGCUCAAGGCUACAAGCCUCAGGACCCUGCUGCAUACGGCGCUGGCUCAACACUGGUGGAGAGCUCAAAACACUACCUGAGGAUACGUUACACACUCCUGCCGUACCUCUACACACUCUUCUACAAGGCCCACACCACAGGGGAAACCGUUGUACGUCCUGUCAUGCACGAGUUCUACUCUGAUAAAGCCUCCUGGACUGUGGACCGCCAGUUCCUUUGGGGAAAACACUUCCUCAUCACACCUGUACUGGACCCGGGUGUGGAUACAGUGAAUGCAUACAUACCAAAUGCUGUGUGGUAUGACUACGAGACGAUGGAGCGUCUUGCCACCCGCGGACAGUAUGUUGACCUGUAUCUACCAGCUGACAAGCUUGGUUUACACAUCAGAGGAGGAGCAGUCCUCCCCACACAGAGGCCUGAAGUCACCACCUCUAAAAGUCGACGCAACCCCAUGGGUUUGAUCGUUGCUCUUGAUGACAACAAGCAAGCAGCUGGGGAGCUAUUCUGGGAUGAUGGAGACUCCAGAGAAACCGUGAAAAAUGGCAACUAUACUAACUACAAGUUCUCUGUUGUCCAUGGAGUUCUGACAAUGCAGGUGGCCCAUGCUGGCUACAAGGACCCGAACAACCUCAAGUUUGAGGACAUUACUAUCCUCGGGAUACCUUAUCCUCCCAAGUCUGUGUCCGUUACUCAUGUUGGAGCUACCGAAACCACCACCAUCUUGUCGAGCACCAACGUAGAGCACGACGGAGCCAAGGAGGUUCUGUUCCUGCGUGGCCUCUCCUUAGCCCUGGGGGAGUCUUACCUGAUCAAGUGGGAGGAGGCGGAGGAAGAAUUCCAGCGCAUUGACUGCUAUCCAGAGGAGCACUCUGAUGAGGCUAAGUGCUUGGCCAGAGGCUGCAUCUGGAAGCCAGGUACCAUAGAAGGUGUUCCAUGGUGCUUCUACCCAAAAGACUAUGGCUACUCUGUUACAUCAUCCAGAGAAACCAGCACAGGCAUGACAGUUGACAUCACUCGGAACAAGAAGUACAGUCGUAGCAGCUACCCAGACUCUCCGAACAUCGACUCGCUCCGUGUCGAGAUCCUUUACCACACCGGCGACAUGCUGCAGUUCAAGAUCUGGGACCCGGCCACACCUCGCUAUGAGGUACCAGUGCCUCUGUCAGUUCCUUCUGUUCCAGAGGGUGAUGAGAACAAGAGGCUUUACAAGGUCACUGUUUCCCAAAACCCAUUUGGCAUCCAGGUCGUAAGGAAGAGCACAGGAACCAAGAUCUGGGACUCCUCUAUGCCAGGUUUUACCUUCUCAGACAUGUUCAUCCAAGUGUCGACCCGUCUGCCGUCUCAGUUUGUGUACGGCUUUGGGGAGACAGAGCAUCCCAGCUUUAAGCACGAUCUCAACUACCACACCUGGGGAAUGUUCUCCAAGGACCAGCCUCCUGGUUAUAAGAUGAACUGCUACGGAGUCCAUCCCUUCUACAUGGGCCUUGAGGACACCACUGAUGCUCACGGCGUGCUGCUGCUUAAUAGCAAUGCGAUGGAUGUGACUUUCCAGCCUACUCCAGCUUUGACCUAUAGAACUCUGGGAGGCAUCCUGGAUUUCUACAUGGUCCUGGGCCCUACACCUGAGAUGGUGGUGCAGGAGUACACUGCGCUCAUUGGGAGACCUGUUAUGCCAGCCUACUGGUCCCUUGGGUUCCAGCUCUGUCGCUAUGGUUACAAGGACGACAAGGAAAUAAAGGAUCUGUACACUGAGAUGAGGGCAGCUGGUAUACCCUAUGAUGUGCAGUAUGCAGACAUUGACUAUAUGGAUCGUCAGCUGGACUUUGUCCUGGACCCAGAGUUUGCAGGACUGCCUGAAUUGGUUAACACCAUGAGAGGAGAGGGCAUGAGAUUCAUCUUCAUUCUGGAUCCGGCCAUCUCAGGCAAUGAAACACGUUAUUACCCUGCUUUUGAAAGAGGUAAAGCAGCGGAUGUCUUCAUCAAGUGGCCAUCAAACUUCAGUGAUGACAUUGUGUGGGGGAAGGUCUGGCCCGAUUAUCCCAAUGUCACAGUUGAUACAUCUCUGGACUGGGACACCCAAGUAGAGCUCUACAGGGCGUACACAGCAUUCCCCGACUUCUUCCGCACUUCAACAGCCAAAUGGUGGCAGCAGGAAAUCAAGGAUUUCUAUGACAACACCAAGUUUGAUGGCAUUUGGAUUGACAUGAAUGAGCCUGCCAGUUUUGUCCAUGGUACAGUUGGAGGGAAGUGUCUUGGAAAUCCACUUCUGGAGAACCCUCCAUAUAUGCCACCCCUGGAGUCCAAACAUCUUGGAUUAAACCAUAAGACUCUGUGCAUGAACAGCGAGCAGAUACUCAGUGAUGGAAAGAAAGUCAGACACUACGAUGUUCACAACCUCUACGGCUGGUCCCACACCAAGCCCACCUAUGAUGCCCUGCUAAAUGUGACAGGUAAAAGAGGCAUUGUGGUGACCAGGUCCACUUACCCCUCCAGUGGAAAAUGGGCUGGACAUUGGUUGGGAGACAACAAUGCCAGCUGGGAUCAGCUAUAUAAAUCCAUCAUAGGUAUGAUGGAGUUCAGUCUGUUUGGCAUUCCUUACACCGGGGCAGACAUAUGUGGAUUCUUCAAUGCAGCUGAGUAUGAGAUGUGUCUUCGUUGGAUGCAGCUGGGGGCUUUCUAUCCCUACUCACGCAACCACAAUGGCUUGGGUAACCGGCGACAAGAUCCUGUUGCUUGGGACGCUACUUUCAGCAAUGCUUCCCGGGACGUCCUGAACAUCCGCUACAGCCUCCUGCCCUACCUCUACACGCUGAUGUUUGAGGCACAUACUAAAGGAAGCACUGUAGUCAGACCCGUCCUUCACGAGUUUGUGAAUGACAAGAAAACAUGGGACGUCUACAAACAAUUCCUCUGGGGACCUGCCCUACUUAUCAGCCCUGCUCUGGAUGCGGGAGCCAGGGAAGUGAAUGGCUACAUUCCUAAUGCACGCUGGUACGACUACCACACGGCCAAAGCUCUUGGAGUGCGAGGCCAAAUGUUAAAUAUGCCAACACCCCUGGACCACAUUAACCUGCAUAUCAGAGGAGGAUAUAUCUUACCCUGGCAGAAACCAGAGAACACGACAGUUUACAGUCGGAAGAAUCCUUUAGGACUGAUCGUUGCCCUGAGUGACAGUGGAACUGCUGAAGGAUCAUUGUUCUGGGAUGAUGGAGAGGGAAUAGACACGGUGGAGAAAAAUCAAUAUCUUCUGACCACCUUUUCAGCAGCAUCGAACACUCUGACCAGUAAAGUUGUCCACAACGGUCUGGCUCCUGCUGAUCGGUUGAUUCUGGGUGUGGUGAAAGUUUGGGGCGCAGGAAAUGUUAGGAUCACAGAGGCGCAAAUAACCGUCGGGCCGACAUCACAGCAACUGACUCCGCACUACAACUCUGACUCUCAGGAGCUGAUAUUAGAUGCUACUUCAAAGUCUAUUCAUGUGGAUCAGCCUUUCACCAUAACAUGGAGGACCAGCGCCUGAGUUCCAUUAUCAUUAUUUAUGUUUUAGUGGCAAAAAUUAAUUUAUCUGUAUGUAAUGAUCUGCUGAUGUAAAUUAUGAAGUGAAGAAAUUUUAUUUUUAUUUAAUUUUAUCCUCAGUGAUAAACGUACCUCUGGGAUCUAAACGGUUUUUAAAGUAAGAUGUCUUUAAAUUUCAAUACUACAAUACACAACGUGUUUCAAUAUUUACCGCAAAUAACUUUGGAUCAUGUGCUGAAUUACCAAUAAAAAUGAUGAAACUUCAGAAA